AUGGAGAAGUUCCCCGAUCACGUCGACGCGCCAUACAUGGCCAAUGGCGUCGCACGCAGUCCGAGCCGCGAAAAGUCAUCGCCCGCCGCAUAUCCUCAGCCCAACGGCGGCGCCACACUCUCGGAUCGCUGGCAGCCCUCCGCCAGGAGAGAGAAUGGCCACACCCACGCCUGGCCGUCGAGCUCCGGCCGCGGACACGGCCGCCAGAAGAGCCUGAGCGAUGCCUUUCGCACCAUACGCGCCAGAAAUGGCAGCAUGAGCCAGAAUGCCCACGAGAUUGCCGACGCCCUGCGGGCACCCGUCUCCCCAAAGCUCGUCAUACUUUGCCUGUCGUGGUACGCGUCGUCGGCCUUGACCAACACCUCCUCGAAAUCGAUCCUCAUCGCCUUCGACAAGCCAGCGACCCUGACCAUAGUUCAGUUCGCUUUCGUCUCCUCCUCCUGCAUGUUCCUGGCCUGGCUAGCCACGAUAUUCCCCGAUCUGCGCAACAAGAUCGCCGUCCUGAGGCAUCCCAUUCGCAAGCCGAGUAAGGAUGUCAUCCUCAAUACGCUUCCACUGGCCGCCUUCCAGAUUGGUGGCCAUUUACUCAGCUCGACCGCCACGGCCAAGAUACCCGUGUCUCUGGUACAUACCAUCAAGGGCCUAUCCCCCUUGUUCACCGUCCUGGCAUACAGGAUAUUCUACGACAUACGAUACCCCCAGGCGACCUACCUCUCUCUUAUCCCCCUGACGGUCGGCGUCAUGCUCGCCUGUUCGGGAAAGCACAGCUACGAGGGCCAACUGACGGGCGUCCUGCAGGCGCUGCUGGCAACGCUCAUCUUCGUCACGCAAAACAUCGUCUCCAAAAAGAUCUUCAACGAGGCGGCAAAGGCCGAGGCCGAGGCCCCCGGCGUGCGAUCCAAGAAGCUGGACAAGCUGAACCUACUAUGCUACUCCUCCGGCAUGGCCUUUCUCGUGACCUUGCCUAUUUGGUUUUGGUCCGAAGGCAUCGGCCUGCUGGGCGACUUCCUCAGUGACGGUGCCGUGGACCUGAGCAACAAUCCCCUGGCCAUGGACCACGGCCGGUUGACCCUCGAGUUCAUUUUCAACGGCGUCUUCCACUUCAGCCAGAACAUGCUGGCUUUCAUCCUCCUGUCCAUGGUGUCGCCCGUCACCUACUCGGUCGCCAGCCUGAUCAAGCGCGUCUUUGUCAUCGUCAUGGCGAUCCUCUGGUUCAGGAGUCCCACGACGCCCGUACAGGCAGUGGGCAUUGCGUUGACCUUCCUGGGCCUCUACCUCUACGACCGGACGAGUGAGAGCAACAAGGCCGACCGCAAGGCGCGCCUCAUGACGCAGUCCCGCACGGGCACGCCAUUGCUUCCCCUCAGCGAGGACGUCUCGGGCGCCAGCAGCCCCAAGGGCGGCUCCAGUGCGCAUCCGUACACCGAGGGAUUCCUCGGGGCCGUCACGGCCAACGAGGAUUCCAAGAAGGCCGAUGACAACUUUGGGCGCGGUCGUUCUGGCCGUGUCAACGCUGGCUGGGCCCAGCGGUAG